GCACAGAUUUACACAAAGAAGGAUGUUCAGUAAAUUACAUUGAAGACCCAGCAAGUAAUUUCACUGAAAUAAAGUCGGAGGAGCUGCGUGACUCUGUUAACCCUGUACAAAUAGUGCCUCAGGAAGUUGCGUUGCGUUCACGACUACGUAUGUAUUUUGAUGUUUUUAUGUUUAGUAUUUGUUUUACAUUCAAUAGAGAAUCUUAUGAUAUAUUGUCUUGUUAAAUCUUUAUGUGAUUUUACAGGAAGUUGCGUUGCGUUCACGACUACGCCUUAAAAGCACGAUGAAUGUUAAAGUUCGAUUGUCUACCGACAUACCUACCGAUAUUUACUUCCUAAUGGAUCUGUCCAGGUCAAUGCAGGACAUAUUAAAUACCAUGAAGAGUACUAUCAAGGACAUCGCUGUCGAGAUGAAAACUAUAACGAACAAUUUGAAUAUUGGAUUUGGUGCGUAUGUUGAUAAGCCUGUAAUACCGUACAUAGAGAGUAACAUAAGGAGGUAUUGCAAAAGACCUACGUGCGAUUUCCCUUACGGAUUUAAGAAUGUUCUAAAACUCACAAACCAGGAAACAAUAUUUGAAAAUUCCCUUGGCAAUGUUUUGAUUUCAAGUAGCCUAGAUGCCCCCGAGGGCGCUACAGACGGUCUAAUGCAAGUUAUUGCAUGCAAGAAUGAAAUUGGCUGGCGAAAAAAGUCACGUCGUUUUGUCAUCCUUAUGACUGAUGCUAGGACACAUAUUGCAUUAGAUGGAAAGCUUGGAGGGCUAGAGGUACCAAAUGACGGAAAGUGUCACCUAAAUUCAUCCGGAUACUAUGAUGGCUCGUUGAGUAUGGACUAUCCUUCUCUUGGACAACUUCAUGAGGCUCUGUUACAAGCAAAUAUAAUUCCAAUAUUUGCGAUUGCAAGACCAGCCACUGGGCUUGCUGAUGCUUUAAGAGUAUACGAGGAAAUGAUAAAGACGUUUUUUGAAGGUUCUACUGUAGCGAGGCUAGAAGAUUCACCGAGAACAAUAAUCAAUUUAGUGAAAGAAAACUUCAAGAAAAUCAGUGCUGAAGUAAAUAUGAUUGAUACGUCCCCACAAUCAGUGAUAAUGCGGUACAUGACAUCUUGCGGCAGAGAUGGUCCGAUGGUUGAGACAACAGAAUGCAUCGGUGUGGCGCCAGGACAGACGAUCGAGUUUUCUAUCGACGUUUAUAUUCACACCUGUGAUGAAGGAAUACGGAACUUCACAAUCAAGUCUGUCGGAUUGGAUGACGAGCUGUUGGUAAACAUAGACCCAAUCUGUACAUGCGAAUGCCAAAAUAAUACGAUUACGUAUAGUGAUCAUUGCUCUGAGGGUAAUGGUAACCUAACAUGUGGUAUAUGUAACUGCAAUGAAGAGUCGUUUGGCGAAUAUUGCCAAUGUGAUGCGACAGACAUAGACGAGUACGACGAUCGUGAUGAAUGUGUAGGGCCAGGAGAAAAAAUGGCUUGCUCCGGUCGAGGUACCUGCAUAUGUGGCCGAUGUGUUUGUAAUACCAAAAAUGGUGUUUCAAGAUAUUCUGGUGAAUUCUGUGAAUGCGAUAAUUUAUCAUGUUCACCCGAAUGUGAAAAUGGAAUAUGUUUAUGCGGGGUCUGUAGCUGUCAUGAGGGCUACACUGGACCAUCGUGUGGCUGUUUAUCUUCGGCUUGUGGAGUUUGUGAACGGAACAAUCUUACUUGCAACGGUAAUGGCGUAUGCGAAUGCGGUCGGUGUGAAUGUUAUGGAGACUACAGAGGCGACAUGUGUCAGUAUUGUGACGUCUGCGACAUUUGGCCCGAGUGUACUGAAGACAUUGAGUGUAUCAGAUGCAAAGCGAUAAACAGCAAUCAAUGUGAAGAGAAAUGCAAAGAUCUGCAUGACAUUGGCAACCGGACGCUCUCCAAAGAUUUAGCGUCGUGUAUGGAUCACCACCUAAAUAUGGUAGGCUUAGAACCAAAACAAUGCGACAAUAAAACCGAUAACUGCUACUUCAAGUACAAUAUAUCUGCUGACGAAAAACAGUGGUACAUCGUAAUUGGAGAAUGUGCGGAGGUUUAUGCUGAGGUUGCAGUGAAAAAAACGAUUGUUAUAGUAGUCAUAGCCUCACUGGUCGUAUGCCUUCUACCACUCUUGAUAUGGAGAUUGGUUGUGUACACAUAUGACAAUAUUGAAUACAGGAAAUUUGUCAAGGAACUAAACCGAACCAGUUGUGUAGUGAUGGAAGACAACAAACUCUACAACACACCGAUCACAUCUAUCAAGAAUCCUAUGUUUUUAAGCAGCAAAGAAGAAGCCGAAACACAAUAAAUCAUCAACAAUCACCAUUAUGAAGUUAGGUUUAACAUUACUUAAAAACAAAAAAAAAAUAUAUCCGGCUAAAUGAAUUUGCAGUGUUCGUAUGCAUCAACAAUGACCGCAUAACGUCAAUUGACGAUUAAACCAUGAAGAAAAUAUGGCAAUAUAUUUUCUCCGUGGUUACACAGGCCAGUAGCAGUAGAUAUUAGCAAAUCAACAGAAGAGUUAUGAAAUAUUAAUUAUAUAGUAAUAAGCUAAUUUAUGGUUAAAACGAACGUACAGCACAUUGAAUUUAACCAACCUUGAAAUUUUCUGUUAAAUUAAUUGUCCUGUAUGUUCGUUUUAACAUUAAAUUACUUACAGUUACAGUAUAUUACCGGUAAAUAUGAGAUUACAAUCGAGUAACAUAAGCUACCGUAGUUUAUUGCUCGGUCGGGAUAUAAGGGUACUAGAACACAGAAAAUAAUGCCUACUCAAAUCUUGCAAUAGCUCGAAUGAUUGCUGACAGAUUUUUUGGAAAUCAGUUUUGACACUAUGAAUGGAAAUCAUGUACAAAAGCUGGCUAUAAUGCAAUCGACUGUACGCCUAGUAUGAUUUUAGCAGAUGGUAGGUAGGUUAAGCUUAAUUUUCCACAAUCACAAUUUGUGAUCUUGCUAUGGUUAUCAUUUUAAUGGUCCUUUCCACUAAGGUCCCAGAAAACGACAGUGUAACGCCUUUUCCACGAUUCGGUAGACAUCUUGAAGUGAUGACAAACAACCCAAAUCAGUGGUGCGUAACCAACAGAAAUAAGAUAAGCUUUGAGGCUGAAUUCUUGUCCUAAUGUUAUCUAAAAAUUCAUAAUAACGGAGG